AUGUCCUCCUGUACUGCCACAGGCUUGGGGCAUCAGGUGGUGGGUGGAGCAGGAGAGUCAGGGAAGAGCACCAUCGUCAAGCAGAUGAAGAUUAUCCACCAGGAUGGUUACUCGCUGGAGGAAUGCCUGGAGUUCAUCGCCAUCAUCUACAGCAACACGCUCCAGUCCAUGCUGGCCAUCGUGAGGGCCAUGGGCACCCUCAACAUCCAGUACGGGGACACGGCUCGCCAGGAUGAUGCCCGCAAGCUGCUACAUCUUUCGGACACCAUCGAGGAGGGCACCAUGCCCAAGGAGAUGUCAGACAUCAUUGGGAGACUCUGGAAGGACGCAGGCAUCCAAGCCUGCUUCGACCGUGCCUCUGAGUACCAGCUCAAUGACUCGGCCGGUCCCAACACCUAUGACGAUGCGGGCAACUACAUCAAGCUGCAGUUCCUGGAGCUGAAUAUGCGGCGAGACGUGAAGGAGAUCUACUCCCACAUGACCUGCGCCACCGAUACCGAAAACGUCAAGUUUGUCUUCGAUGCCGUCACCGACAUCAUCAUCAAGGAGAACCUCAAGGAUUGUGGGCUCUUCUGA